ACCAACGAUCAUGACCGCGGAAGCCAAAGUAGAAGGGUAAGCGUGUCCAGGAUGCGCCAGACGGCCAAUCCCAGCGACGAUCUGUUUUUGAGCCUCGCCAUGGACGCUCCCGACAAAGGUACGACGACGACGACGACGACCGACCACUCCGUCGCCCAAUCCACGCUUAUGCAGUCCCAGUGCCCUUGCGCAAGCCAUUGAACGUGCGAGAACGCGCUCCCUCCAACGAGAGCCUCAAUGCCUCGAGGCUGGCCGAGCUGCGUGCCCAACACUCCCCGAGCCCUGCCCAGACUGCAGACCACGGCCAACGUACUCCCUCGCUGCGUGCGUCUAUGCGCAAGCCCCGGUAUGCCAUUGGAACGACCACCUCUUCGUCCUUCGAGGCCGCUGCUCGCGAGUGGAACGCCUCUCCCGAUGUGCUCAAGUUCCCUUCAAAGCGUCCAACGGGCCCCAUCUCGGACGCCAUACCGAGACAGCGUCGCAUGUAUCGCGUCGGCAAAGCCUACGAGCCCUUGACCACGUCCCGAAAUCUCUCCAGCCUCUCCGAUCGACUUGCCCAGGGUCUCAUUACGCCGACCAUGUCUCCCGCUCCAACUGCUCGCAAAGGAUCCAAUGCAGAGAGUGAAUCCGUUGAUUCUGUUAAUGCUCCGUCUACAGUCUGGGACGAACUAGAUGACCUCAAGUCUCGAAUCCGUAGUCUCGAGAUUGGAGGUAAGCAGUCACCUUCUGCUGCAAAUGUCACAAAUCACUCGUUCGAGCGUCCUCGUACAGCUACCACAGCACCGACUACUAUAUCUUCCUCGCCGAAACACGCUAGGAAACAAAGCAGUGUACCUGCUGAUGCGAAUACUCCCGGCUUGUCCACCGCUAACAUCCAUCCUUUACUACAUAGCGCUCUUGGAAAGGCCAAGAACGUACUCAGCACACAACUUUAUCGUUCUCUGGAGGCAACUGCUACCGAUGCACUGGCACUUGCAGCCAUGACAGGCAGCGGUGGACCCCAGGGCACUGCUUUCACGGCUGCAUCCAUGGUCAAUGGCGCCACAGUAUCUGAUAGGCAUAUCAGGAGAAAGGCCGACAGUAUGUGCAGGAACCUGACUGAUCUUUGUAUUGCGCUCUGCGAGGGUAGAUCUGAUCUUGCAAGCCCUGCCACCAAAGUCUCCCCUAUGGACGUAUCCCACAUGCAAUCGGAAACACCAUCGUCGCGCUACGCCAGACGAGCCAGCCUGGGUCCACAGGAUCUUCAAUUGAGGACCGAACCAACAAGGUCUAUGAGUCGUCUCGACAAUCGAAGGAGUAGUCUACUUGGCCUAGGCUUGGGCAAUACCAUCAGCACCAGCCCGCUCGAGGCGCACGAUCCAUACCUAGGCCAGGAACUGUCACCAGGUCAUGACCAGACUGAUUACGCUGCACGUUACAAUCGUCCAGGAACUAGCAUGCAAAACUCGGGACACUCUCAGGCAGAGGACGAGGCUCCCCUGGAAGUCCCUUCGCGUGCCCCCUCUCGCGCCAUGACAGAACUCGGACAUAUGAGACAAUCCUCUACGCGCAGAACAGAUUAUGGUAGCGGCGUUCAACACUCUCCCAGUCUGCGCGAGACUCUAGCGGCGCGUCGUGCGAAUGCAGUGAUGCCAGCGGAAGGUAGCCAAUACGGAUCAACAUCCUCUCAUUCAGAGGCAACGAGACGAAUCUUGGAGCGUCGUGCUGCGAUGCAGCUCGAAGAGAGCCAGUACGUGCCUAAGAGGCGCCGUAUUGCAAGCUUGACGCAAUAUUCCCCUUUGAGUCCUCGAAUUGGUAGCGAGCCUGUCCGCACGAGCAGUCUCUCCAGAAGACGGAAUCUUGUCGUAGAAUGACAAAGCUAAUGGCUUCCUGCGACAUCUUCUUCUCUUGUUCUCUUCUAGAUACAUAUGUAGAGCUUGAGCCGUUUUGCACAAAUAUGGCCAAAUUUCUCGUCAAGCUAACUACGAAAAAACGACACUACACCAUGAUUUCCCUUAAAUCAUUGCACGCGAAUAGUUGCCGAUUCGUGAGUUUCAAGUGCGACCGCGAAGAUCAUGAGCGACCAGCCCAGGUUUCUGGGUGGCUGAGC